AUGUUUCAAAAAGAAGAAGAAAGAGAUUACAAAGAUAGGUCAUCGAUCAUAGUUAAGCGAUAAGAGCAUGAGAGUAAGUGAUGUUCAAUUAUGAGAGUAAAUGAAUGAAGAUUUUGUAGAGUAAAUAGUUGAUGAUUAAAUUGAGAAAGAGGAAGAUGUAAAUUAGAUAAAUAAGAAUAGAACAUAUUAUAUGAUUAUAUUGAAGGAGAUUUGAUUUAAGAAGGAUGUAAUGUUUAUUGUGCAUUAAAUACAUUGAAUGGUUAGCUUUUGGCAUUAAAAAUUGUAUAAAGUUAUAUGAGAAUAGUUUAAAUUAAGUAUUUAAGAUGAUUUCAACAAUAUUAUAAAUUUUGUAGACAUGUUAACAAGGUUAGAAUUGAAGAAUGUUCAUUAAAUAAUAGGAUGGGAUUAUUCAAUAUAAAAUAAUGAGGAAGUUAAAGAUGAGAUAAGAAUAUUAAUGCCUUAUGAAAGUGGUGGUUCAAUAAGUUGGUUAUUGUAGAAGUUCAAUUCAUUUUCUAGUCAAUUAGCUUUAAUGUUUAUGAAAUAAAUAUUAUAAGGAUUAGAAGGUCUUCACAAUUCUGGAAUACUUCAUAAGUAUUAUUUAAAUUAAAUAAGGAAUUUAAAAACAUCUAAUGUUUUAGUAGAUGGUGAAGCAAAUGCUAAAUUAAGUGAUAUCUAUAUCUUAAAAGAUUAUAAAUUAUCAUUUUAUAGUGCACCAGAAUGUUUUAAAGGUUAAGAAUAUAGUGAAUAAUCUGAUGUAUGGAGUGCUGGUUGUAUCUUUAUAGAAAUGUUAACAAGAGCAUCACCUUGGCAUCAUUUAUCUAUAAAUAUCACAUUGGAAUAGAUUAAGAUAUGUAUGAAUUAAGGAUGUAUAUAUUUUAAUUAUUAUAAAAUAGAAUUAUUUCCAUAUUAAUAAAUUACUAAGAAUGAAGAAAUCUUGGAAAUAUUCAAUUCAAUCUUUAAAAUAAAUCCCAAAGAGAGAUCAACACCUUCUGAGUUACUUAAUCAUUCUCUUUUUAGAAGUGAUUUAAUAUUCAUAUAUUAUUGUAGAUCUGGAAAGUGAACCCUUAAAAUCUGAAAUAAUAUCUACAAGAAGAUAAUUAUAGAAUAGACAUGAAGAUAGAAAAUCAUUCAAAAUUUAGAAUAGUAAUAUUUCAAAUUCAAGUUUACGUUAUUCUAUUAGAAGAAGUCAUAAUCCAUAUUCUACUAAAUAUCAUAAUGUUUUAUAAUAAUUAAAAUCUAUUCAUUUAGAUUUUAAGAAUACAAAUAAUCAUUUAGAUAGUUAAUUAUUAUCUUAUAUUGAUAUUUAAAAUGUUUUAUCAAAGAAGAUAUAAAUAGAAAGUAAAAUAAAAGAGAUGGGCAUAUAAUAAGUUAAUUAAGAUAAAAAUGGAAAUAGAUAAAUUAGAUCUAAAGAGACAUCUUCAUUAAAUAGAUAUAAUUAGACUAAUGAUUAUUCUUUUUCAAAAUAGAAUAAUUUAAGAAUUCCAAGUUUAAACAAAUCUUUAAAUAGUAGUUAUGAUAAAAUAUAGACUAUUAGAUAAAUAGAUCCUAGAAUUAAAACCAAAAAUACUGAUGAAAUUCAAAAAUUAGAGGAAUUAAUGUAUUAAUAAUUCUACCUAGAUUAAAAUGAUAAUAAUUCUAAACCUAAUUUAAAUGAAAUUGAAAAAAUGAUGAUGGAAUAAUUUCAAUCUUCAUUAUUUAAAUCUUCUAUUAAUGAAUAAUAACCUAUCUAAUAACCAAUCUAAGCAACUUCAGAAAUUUUAAAUUAAUAAUCACCUAAUUAUUUUGAAAAGUUAAUGUAAGAUUAAUUUUUAUAAGAUAAUGAUUCCGAAAUUGAUGAAUUACAAUAAUUAGAAGAUUUGAUUAGCCAAUAAUUUUAUUAAGAUUACAAAAAAUAAUCUAUUAUUAAUAAUAAUAAUUAAUAAAUAAAUCAAUAGAAAAAUAUUCAUGAGAAUUUAUCAAUAGUUGGUACUUAUAAUUUAUUAAGUAGCUUUUGAUUAAAUUAUUUAAUCUCCAAAAAUUAAUACAAUAGAUGAUGAUUUCCUUAUAAUGUUAUAAUGA